AUGCCAGACAAGCGCACCGUCGUCCAGCUCUCGAUCUUAUCCCCUAUAGGCUACACCAAGUCGACGUGCGGAUACUGCACAGCUCCGGGCUCUGGCAAACGAAGCUCUACCAAGUCAAGCAAAUCCUACGCUAUCUGGGCUCAUCGUCUGUCGCCCUACCACUAUCAGACCCUGAUCAAUCAAGGCUGGAGACGAUCGGGUGACUACAUCUACAAGCCAGAUCUCCUCAGGAGUUGCUGUCCACAGGUCCCUAUUCGGCUUGCCGUUCAUGACUUGAAGCCCAACAAGGCUCACAAACGUGCUCUCACCAAUCUUCUCUUCAGGGUCCGUCAAACAAAGCAAAAGCCAGCAAAGUGGAAGGGUCGAUGGAGCAUAGGUAGAGAUUGGGACGUAGAGCAGCGCUUGGACGAGAUCUUGGCUUCGUCUGCUUUAUCACCAUCUUCUUCUUCUUCUUCUUCUUCUUCAGGAGGCUGGGCGGAGCGUGUAGCCGGCCCCACCACACGCAAACUUCAAGUUGGACUUGCUCUCGCUAGCACCAGCGAAGAAAAGUACCAGCUUUUUCGCAAAUAUCAGGCCAAGGUUCAUGGCGAGUUGGAAGAUGAUAUCAGCAGCGAAAAAGGAUUCUGUCGCUUCCUUGUCGACUCAAGCCUUGCUUUGACUUGGCCGUCGACGGGCAAGCCACUAAGCUCGGCUGAAGAAGCUCUCUGGAGGACAAAGCAACUCGACCCUGCACAUCUACCGGACGAGAUACCUUACGGCAACUAUCAUCAGGAAUAUCGAUUGGACGGCAAGCUCAUUGCUGUUGGUGUGCUCGACAUUCUACCCCAUUGCGUUAGUAGCGUAUAUGUGUUGUACGAUCCCGAGUACAAUGACUGGGAGCUGGGCAAAGUGACUGCUCUACAAGAGGUCGCCCUCACCAAACGUCUUGGGCGACUUGAAAGUACGAGCGAUGUCGGCUUCUACUACAUGGGCUUCUACAUUCAUACUUGUCAGAAGAUGAAGUACAAGGCAGACUACCGGCCCAGCCAACUCCUCGACUGCAACGAUAAUGCUUGGCGCAAGAUUGACCAUGUCUCCUCGAGGCUGGAUGCGAAGCAGUCGUUCGGCUGGUCGAAUAUACAGCAGCACGCCGGGGACAAUGGCGACCAGGCUGGAGAGGAGAGCCAAGAGGAGGAAGAACGCCCUCUGCGCGUGCCCACACGGCCGAGAGCUCCACCAGGAAUGCUGAAUGCCCACACGAUCCUCGAGGCUCUGCAGGAAAUGCUUGGUGGUGCUGAGGCCUCACGGAUCGACGGGGAUGUGGAUGUACUGCAAGAAUGCGUGGUGCUCGAAGCGCAGAAUCAAGAUGCAGGAAUCAAGCCUCUGCUAGGAUCAAACAUAUUUCAAGAGUACGUGCAAGGUUUGCAGCAGGGACAGUCGCCCGAGGCAGACCGAGACUGGGAGCUGGUGCAGGCGGUGGAAUGUGUCGCCGCAUUGUCGAACGCAGAGCUGGUAGCUCAGACGGUCUUGUUUAUCUGA